GCGACAACGGCAACAUGGCUCUGAACGGUGAUGGUCCCUGUGCCCUUCUUUCCCCAGAAGUGGACGAUUUCUCCUGGGAGCCUCCGACCGAAGCGGAAACGAAGGUGCUGCAAGCUCGACGGGAGAGGCAGAAUCGCAUCUCGGCGCUCAUGGGCGACUACCUGCUGCGUGGUUACCGCAUGCUGGGCGAGACGUGCGCGGACUGCGGGACGAUCCUUCUCCAAAACAAACAGCGGCAAGUCUACUGCGUGGCUUGUCAGGAGCUCGAUUCAGACGUGGAUAAAGAUAACCCGGCUCUGAAUGCCCAGGCUGCCCUCUCCCAAGCUCGGGAGCACCAACUUGCCUCUGCCUUGGAGAUCCCUGCAGGCCCUCGGCCCACCCCUCAGCCCCCAGUACCCCGUCCAGAGCACUGUGAGGGAGCUGCAGCAGGGCUCAAAGCAGCCCAGGGGCCACGCCUUCCAGCUGUGCCUCCAAAUGCAGGUGUUGUGGUCAGUACACAGGAGGCCCUCCUGCAGAAGCUGACCUGGGCCUCAGCUGAAUUGGGCUCUAGCAAUUCCCUGGAGACUAGCAUCCAACUGUGUAGCCUUAUACGGGCUUGUGCUGAAGCCCUGCACAGCGUGCAGCAACUGCAACACUAAGAGAUGCCUCCCUUGAGAAAAACCC